GUGAAUGGACGACUCCCGACACUCCGCCCCUUCAUUCGCGUACUUUCACUUUCGAAGAUUUCUUUCCUCUUUUCUCCUCCCCAACCGCGUCUCCUCUACCAGCCACCGCCUUUCUCCACACUUUGGACGGCCACCCCCGCCUGCAGAAGUCAGAAUUGGGGCAGCGGAAAAACGAGGAAUCCGCUCGUCAGGAAACGAAGCCCGAGCCUAGGAGAAUUCCUCCCACUCUUUCGCUCCUGCCUUCGCGUUGAGCCUCAAGCGGCUGCCCGGCAAAAGGAGGCUGCUUUCUUGAUCGCUGGAGAAGGAAGAAAGAGGAAGCAGUUGGCCGUGAACGCUGUUGGUCUCUUUACGGAACUGUGUCAGACUUAGAGGGACGAAGAAUCCCGGAUAAACAGGGCCUCGAUGGAAGAGGAGCGAAUGGCGAGGUUUUGGGUCGCCUUCCCUCCCUCUCCUCCGCCCCCCGCUCCGAGAGAGAGGAUGUCUUUAAGAAGCGCUCGGUAGGCAAAUUCAGCAGGGGAAGUUAAUGCCCCUCUUAGCAUCGGUCACCACGGUAUCCUUUUGUAUGUUAGGCAGGAAAACAUCUGCACCCGCAGGGGAAUACGGGAAUACCUGGAAGUCUAAUAUAAUCCUCUUUCUUGAGAAUUGAAAGAAGCCUGCAGAAAAAUCAUGGCAGAAUUAAAUGCUGCUGUCAAAAAAGGUGAUCUUAAGCUUGUUCGACAGCUGGUGGAGGAUGGAGCAGAUAUUAAUGCAAAGGUGGAAAGUGGCUGGACACCUCUCCAUAGUGCUGUACAAAUAAAUUCUAACGAGAUAGUUAACUUUCUGCUGAAAAAUGGGGCUGAUCCAUUCGCAAGGAAGGAUAAUGGUGCUACACCUUUUAUUUUAGCAGGCAUGACAGGUAAUGUGAAGCUUUUGAAACUUUUUCUUGAUAAAGGCUCAUGUAUUAAUGAGUAUGACAUCAAUGGCUUCACCGCAUUCAUGGAGGCUGCUAUUUACGGGCAAAAGAAAGCCCUGAGAUUUUUAUAUAAGAAAGGAGCAGAUGUAAAUCAGCGCCGUGAAGUUGAUGAGACUAAAAAGGCUGUGAAAAAAGGAGGUGCGACAGCUCUGAUGGAUGCUGCGAGUCAUGGCCAUUUUGCUCUGGUCAAAAUCUUGAUUAAGAAAAUGGGGGCUGAUGUAAAUAUCUGUGACAAUCAAGAUGGAAAUGCAUUGAUUCGUGCUCUCUCUGAGGACAAAAACUGGAAUAAAGGCAGAAAAAACUCGGCCCUUUUCCUUUUGAAGAAGAAAAGUGAUGUCAAUAAGAGGGAUGUAAAUGGGAAAACUGUGCUUAUAUUGGCUGUUGAAAGAGAAAGCCUGGCCCUUGUGAAGGCCAUAUUAAAAUUAGAUGAAGUUGAUCUUGAUGAUGCUGAUGAAAAUAAUGAAACAGCAUUGCAUGUAGCAGUGAAGAAGAAAAACAAAGCAAUAGCAAAGCUACUAUGUAAAAAAGGAGUAAGAGUAGAUGAUGAUGUCCUAGAUGUUGCCCAUAGAAAUUACCAAAGCGAUUUGAUAAACAUUCUUCAGAAAUACAAAUCGCCGGACAGUCCAAGGCAGCCAGAAAUAUGUAAGGAAUUCUCUAGCAAUCGCUGGAGAAUUAAACUCCAGAAACUCAAUCAAAUGCAUCGUCCUAUGAUUGGCAAGCUCAAGAUCUUUCAAUAUCAAGAUUUAUGGAUCCAGAAGACCACCCAAGGAGGGGUCUAUCUGGGAUUCUAUGCUGGAGAAGAGGUGGCUGUGAAGGUAUUCUGGAAGGAUUCAGAAAAUGCCAAGCGAGAAGAAGUGUGCCUCAAAAAAUGCCAAACCAGCAAAUACCUGGUGAAAUUUUGUGGCUCAGAAACGAGGAAGACCUGUCUCUACCUGUGCCUCACCUUGUGCGAAAAGAAUCUUCAAGAGUACUUCAAGGAAGAAAACAACACAACUAUGGAAAGCAAAAAGAUUCUUAAAAUUAUAUUUCAGGCUGUAAAUGAACUUCAUGCAUUUGGAUUUGGCCAUCAGGAACUGCACCCAAGUAACAUUUUGAUAGAUUUCACUGGCAAGAUUUUCCUAGCAGACUUUGAUAAGAGCAGAGAAAUAACUGAUGCUACAAAAUAUUCUGUAAUCUCAAAAGAUCUACAGGGUCUCCAAAAACUUAUCCUGUAUGUUGUGAUGAGAGGUCAGCAGGACUUUGAACAUUUGCCUACAGAAUGUCCAGAUAUUAUAAAGGAGCAUAAGGAAGUUGAAGACCUGCGAAGAAAACUGGAACUCUCUGAUCAAAAUACCCUACCCAAUAGUCUACUGGAAAUGCUGAUCUAUCAUCCAUAUUUCUGGUCCAGAGAGAAAAAGUACAGUGUGUUAAAAGAUAUCGGGAAUGAGAUACGUAUGGCUUAUGCAACAAAUAAAGAUGACAUUCCGAAUGCUUUGAAAUUUACGAAUGAUCCUUUCACGGACUGGGAAAAAGAGAUUGAUGAAAAAGUAUUCAACUCUAUGGUUUUUCUGGACAAAGAAAAAGGCAACAAGAAGAGAAAGAAGAAGGACAAAAGAAUAUAUGGCCCAGGUGUAACAGAUUUAUUAAAGUUUAUUCGGAACAUGGGCGAGCACUACCUUGAAAAGGAUGAUGAAAGUUUGCAAAAGGUGAUCACAUGACCCCAGGACGCUGCAAACGUCAUACACAGUGGUGGGUUGCUACCGGUUCUCCCCAGUUCGGGCGAACUAGUAUCAGCAGCAGCGGAAGGCUCCGUCCAUCCGGACAUCAUCAAAUAUGGUCUGCGCAUGCGCUGAAGCGGUGCGCGCAUGAGCGAACCAGUAGCAAAGGUAAGUGAAACCCACCCCUGGUCAUACAUAUGAAACAGUUGCUUAGCAUCUGAAUUUUGAUCAUGUGACCGUGGGACUGCUGCAGUGGUUAUAAGUAUGAGAAACGGUCAUAAGUCAGUUUUUUCAAUGCCAUUGUAACUUUGAACAGUCACUAAACCAAUUUAGUAAAUUUCUUAAGGGUUGUUUUAAUAUUGUGUAUGUUUCUGUUUGUAUUUUACUUGCCUGUUCACCGCCCUGAGUCCUUCGGGAGAAGGGCGGUAUACAAAUUAAAUUAUUAUUAUUAUUAUUAUUAUUAUUAUUAUUAUUAUUAUUAUUAUUAUUAUUAUUAUUAUUAUUAUUAUUAUUAUUAUUAUUAUUAUUAUUAUUAUUAUUAUGGGUCUCCAACUGUGGCAACUUUAAGCCUGGCGGACUUUGCUGGCUGGGGAAUUCUGGGAGUUGAAGUCGGCCAGGCUUAAAGUUGCCAAGGUUGGAGACCCCUGCACUAAAUGAAUGGUUGUAAGUCUAGAACUACCUGUAUUUCUAAAAACAAGGUUGCCCAUUAUGUGCAGAACAAUUAAAUGUGCUGUGUGAACAAAAGAUAAAUUUGAUUUUGAAAAUCCCAUGUGUAUGUUUGUACAAGUUUAAGAACUAAUCUGUUAACUUUGGGUGAGAGGAAAUUGAGACUCUAAGGCUUUAUCCUUCUUGCCCUGCUUACCCAUUUACCCUCAAUCUGUCUGUCGAGGCUUAAUUUAGAAUUUGCAAGACAGAUGUCAAGGAACAAGAAAGUAAGGGUGAUGCCAGAGUGCCAAUAGAUCUUGAAAAGCUUUAUUAAGAAAUUGCUCCUUUGCAUACAGCAGCAGAAGAAUUUGACCCCAAACAGCUGGAUGAACUCGAAUGGCAGGGAAGGUUUCCAGAACUCAAUUUUCAAGGAAACUAGAGAAAAGGAGUAAUUCUUAGAACCCCUUUCUGCCAGCUCCCAACACGUUGGAAUCAUUAUCAUUAUCAUUAUCAUCAUUAUAUGUGCUGAGAUGAUUAUCAAGGGGAAAAUUAAUGUUUGUAUUUACACCCAAUCAAGAGGAAGAGAUUACAAACAAAUAAGAAAGCACACAAUGGGGAUUAGACAUUGAAAAGGAUGGGUGUAGGUUGUUUGCUUAGGGUGUUCCCUGCGCUUUGGAGGCAAAAGAAAGCCUUUAGAAUGAAACUGGUCAAAGUCUUGCCAAUUUCAAAUAGGAAGCCUGCAGAGGAUGCUAAUUAACUAAUCAAGGUCACAGAACUGAGCUUAUUAAUUUGUAAGGUUUUAAGAAAGUGCUGAGCUGGGAAGAAAAGGUUUUUGGAAGAGAUAGUUUGUUUAAGUAAUCUCUCCCCUCUGCAAGGGGGGAAAUUCUAAAAGUUGGAAAUAUUUUUUUUUUUAAAAAAAGGGUCAGGCAGUCAGGCAUAGGACAUUAUGUGUGGGAUAUGCCUUCCCAGCAGAGACUCCAUCUUUUGGCCAGCACGCUGCAGGGACAGGCUGAAGUUUGAAACUGGUCCAGCAAAAAGGUUCUUUUCUAUUGGAAAAUUCAAUGCAAUCUACUGGAAUUCACAUGAUUCACAGCGUCACGUUGUCGUCACAUGACAUAUCGCGAUUUCCCCCCCUUUGCUAAAUGGGGGUGCGCGUGGCCAGCAUGUGACACAUCUGGUCCGUGGGCUGCAAGUUUGACACCCCUGAAUUCUAGCAGCUAGAUGGACCUUCUGAUUUAUUGGGGCGGGGAGCAUGAGAGAGACCAGUGAUCUGCCAGGCUCCAAUUGGAUCAUUAGAUGGCUGCCCCUCCCAUCCAUCCGCAGGCUGUGUCUUUCCAUGGCUCCUCUUCCUCCUCUUGUCAGCAUUCCAGAAAACCCCCCACAUAUGAACAUCUUGAACAUUCAACAAAGUUCUACUCCUAUUGGUAGCCAUUGCCUAAAUUUUUCUCCUCUCCAACAACCACAGAUUUUUGCUGCAGAAUAUAAGAAGGAUGAAGCUGUAACUUAUGCAAGAGAAAAGAACUAUUUGUUUUCCUCUGUAGGAAAUUUCCACGCAUGCUGGAAAGGAGAAAAAGCAAAGGAUCUUUUCCCUUCCCUGCAGCUGAUCCUAUCUCCAGUUUCCCCCCCAUAACAACACAGGAAAGUUUUCUGGCCUGUUUGUCAGGCUGGGAAGAAGAAUAGUGGAGAGGGGGACUGUAGUUUUUGAAGGGAUGUGUUUUCUCCCUUCUCGAGGAAGGGGAAGAAACUGUUUCUGUGAGGUUAUGGAGAGAAAGCCCAAGCAAAUGUAGAUUGAAGACUGGAAGACAAAUAGAUUGGAAAAACAGCAACUUGAGAAGAAGGUGCACAUUAGAAGAACAUGUCUAAGAAAAAAUGUGCCAGGAUUCAAGGAUCAAAGAGGUUGUAUGCUAUUAGCUACAGUAAACUUGAGAGCAGAGUAUUUAAAUCAAAUUAGACUAGUAAAGCAGUGGUUUGAAUUGAUUGCUGGGUGAAUUGUCGACACGGCUUCUUAUGAUCGAAAAUAAGUUUAUCAAGCCAACUCCUAGGAAAUGCUUGGAUUUUAAUAACUAUGCAGUCUUUCACAGCUAUUCACAUAGUUCACAGAUGCAAAAAACUUGCGUUUUCCUGGCUGACAAUUGCGUUACAACUUAACAAGUUAUAGCUAUGCUUCACUAUCCUUAACCCAGGACAAACUAUUGCUUGCAUAUUGUUUGUAUUAAAAACUGUAUUUUCCUUCA